AUGGACAAAGAGGUCACAAAAAAGGUCAAGGACGCCAAAAGACGGUCGAUGCGUGCUGAAAAGAAACACGACUCUUUCAGUAUUCCCAAGCCCAUGAAAAUGUUUGCUGGUCUGUGUUCUUCUAUGCAUAAGCAUCCACUGGGGCUCCUUCGUACUCUUCUCUGUGCGCAUCAAAUACGGCCAGCAUCGUUAUCACCUGCAGCGUCAAGCUAUAUGGUGACGCUAGUUUCCGCAUCACUGAUGAGAAACACAGGCUUACUGGUGUCCACCGUCGUUGCGAUUGCAAGCCUUCUCCUGGACCACGGAAGGGUCAAUACAACGUUGAUUGUCCGAGGUGACUCCAGUGUCAGUUCUUACAUGAAUGACAACAACCGUACGAAAACCCACAUUACUAUGACACUGAAUUUUAUUCGCGAAGGCUUCGCGAUGAGAACUGACGGGUCUGUAGUCCUUCCCGUCACGGAUCUCGCAUCUUCCAGACGAAAGACUGCUGUUAUCCGGAGGGCUACGAUGAAGAGCUUUCGGUCCUUUGUUAACCAAAAGGCAUGCAAUUGGAUGGGCAGCCGCCCGGCAACUCGUGAAGAGGAUGCCUCUGUGGAGGACUCCUCCUCUGAUGCCAGUUUCAGCUUACUUUCUCAGCAAGUCUGGACCGCAGAACGCGCCGCACGGAGUGCGCAAGAUGUGACCGGGCAUGAAGAAAAACUAUUCCGCCAUUUCGGAUGUUGUUUGACAGACUUCUGGUCCACGUGUUUUGCUUUGGACUUCUGCAAGGAAGAAGAGAGGUUUUUCUGGGUGGAAGGUGUUGUUCCACUUUUUAAAUAUCUUGGAAACACCUCGGGCGUUGUGUUUCUUGUUAAGUGCGAGGACCGGGCUUUAGCCCAACAACAAUGUCAGCGUACUCCGGAUAUUUGGAAUGAGACAUCUGCUUUGGAAGAUUAUCAGCAUUCCAUGGAUGACACGGAAAAGCUCAUUGACGAGAUGGCAUCGACACUGAAAAUGGAUUUGCUGCGCAAUCAAAAUGCAAAGGCGGUCACGGCAUAUCGAUAA